UAAAAACCCAACUAACUCACUCACUCACUCACUGUCAGUGGGUAAACAUGUAUUUGUCUUUAUUACAGUGACGUCAGUUGGCUAUUGCACAAGAGGGUUUACUGACCGACACAACAUUUCUGUUAUCAUUCACAGGACGAUCAAAGUAGUCAUAUCUAACAGGAAGUUCACACUGUUAAAAAUAACUGGAUUACAUGCGUUUAUAUUAGCGAUGUGUUGCUAUCAACUAUGUGGACACAAGUCCAGACAGUGGGAAACCCAGUGGUCACAUGGAUUUCUCUGUCAACAGUGUUAUAUCUAAAGCAUGGUCCUGCAAGAUGAAACCCCCCAUGCUGCCGGUAGACUGUCUCCUGCCCAAUGGCAUCACUGUCCCGAUGAUUUGCAGCAGGGACGCAACUCUGGACAAAAUCAAAUCGGAUCUGUGGAUAGAAUCCAAGAACUAUCCCCUCCAUCGACUUCUCCUGAGUUCAGAGUCGUACAUCUUUAUAGGAAUUACCCAAGAUUCCGAGCGAGAGGAGUUCUAUGAUGAAACUCGGAGACUGUGUGACUUGCGAUUGUUUCAAACCAUUCUCAAAGUGAUGGAACGGGUUGGAAAUGGUGAAGAGAAAAUGUUGAAUUACGAAAUAGGCAUGUUGGUUGGUAAACCUGUGACUGAAUUCAAUGAGAUGAAGGAUCUGGAGGUGAUGACAUUUCGCUGGAACAUUCUGGGAGUGUGCAAGGAGACAAUUGACCAGCGAGAGAAGGAUGGUGGGGUCAGUCGAGCACUAUAUGAAUAUCCUCCAGACACUGAAGCAAGCGCAGCCCUGCCUCCGCACCUGACUGAAAAACUCAAGAAAACUGGAAAUACUCUGAUAAUCUGUAUUUGGGUUGUGUACAGUGCGGGGAAUCGGAAUAAAUACUGCUUGAAAGUGGCCCACAAUGCAUCACCAACAGAUGUGAUCUCACUGGCAAUCCAGCAUCGCAGUCAUCUCAUGAACUUGUCCAAGGAACAAUCAGAGAGAUGUAUCUUGGAAUUCAGACAUACGUAUGUUCUCAAAGUGUGUGGGUGUGACCAGUUGCUUUUGGAGGACUGUCCCAUCAGCCAGUAUAAGCUGAUCCGUGAGUGCAUCGCCAAUGAGAAGAUCCCCCAGUUGAUGCUGUUGCUGAAGGAGAGUGUGUUUGAUUCCCUGCAUGAGAAUAAGUUCGUCCUGCCAUCAUACUCUGUACGAGGAAUCGAGGCUCUCAAUGAGAUCAACAACCAGCAGACUGUGUCUCUCUGGAAUGUUCAGGCCAUGCUGAGGAUAAAGAUGAACUGUGCCACGUAUGUCAACGUCAAGGAGCUCAGUAAGAUUUACGUGAAAGCAUGCGUGUACCACGGGACGGAGCCACUUUGUGAAGCACGUAACACCCAGCAGGUGGACUCGACCAAUCCACGCUGGGAUCAGUGGCUGGAGUUCCUGCCCAUUCCAGAUAUCCCUCGCAGUGCUCGUCUCUGUCUCUCAAUUUGCUCCGUCUCCAAGAGAAAGAACAAAAAGGAUUCAUUGGCUCUGGCGUGGGGCAACCUUCAGAUGUUUGACUUCAACGACCGUCUCCUGUCAGAGAAGAUCAGCCUCCACCUCUGGCCCAUGCCCCAAGGAAUGGACGACUUGGUUAAUCCCAUUGGAUCACCAGGAUCCAACCCAGACAAAGACUGUCCAUGUCUCGAAUUCGAAUUCAUAAGAUUGAGCCAUCCCGUACAGUAUCCUCCCGAGACUCACUUCCAGCAGCUGGCCGACACAACCGACACGGACAAGUACCUAGAGUCAGACACGAAAAAAGUUUUGGAUCGUGACCGGAUGAUACUGGAAGAUAUCAUCAGCAAAGACCCCCUGUCAGACCUGCUAGAACAGGACAAGGAACUCUUGUGGAAAAGGAGGGAACUUUGUUUAAAGAUACCUGAAUCUCUUCCCAAGUUGUUGCAUGCGGUCAAGUGGAAUGAAAGAGAAAGUGUAGCACAGCUGUAUGUGUUGUUGAGAAGAUGGCCCUCGGUCGUGCCGGAGGUGGCCUUGGAACUGUUGGACUGCUCCUACUCCGAUCUGAGGGUCCGACAGUUUGCCGUGGAAUGUCUGGACCGCGGUCUCCGUGACGACAAACUGUCGCAGUAUCUUCUGCAGCUUGUGCAGGCCCUCAAGUAUGAACCAUACUUGGACAAUCAUCUGACAACUUUCCUACUGAAGAGAGCUCUUCUGUCCCAGAGGAUAGGAAACUGCUUCUUCUGGCAUCUCAAAUCCGAGAUGCACCAGACGUCAUCUCGGCUGCGGUUUGGGCUGAUACUGGAGGCGUAUUGUCGAGGAUGUGGGUCGUUCCUGAAGAAGCUAACCAAGCAGGUGGAGGCACUGGAGAAACUCACCAAACUCACAAACAUGCUCAAGGAGGAGAUCAAAGAUGAUGAGCAAGUGAAGUUCCUUCAGGAACAGCUGCAGCAGCCAGACUACCAGGAGGCGCUGCAAAACGUCAUCUCCCCUCUCAACACGUCCCAGGUCCUGGGGGAGAUCAUACAAGCUGACUGCCGCGUUAUGAUGUCCAAGAAGCGCCCCCUGUGGUUGGUCUGGAGUAACCCUAACCCCAUGAAAGAGAUGCAUGAAUCCGCUCACAACGUCAUGUUCAAGAAUGGUGAUGAUCUGAGACAGGACAUGCUGACUCUCCAGGUGAUACGGCUGAUGGACACCAUCUGGAAGGCUGAAGGCCUGGACCUCAGGAUGAUUCCCUAUGGAUGCUUGGCAACAGGGAAGGAUGUAGGUCUGAUUCAGGUUGUUCGGAAUUCUAAGACGAUCACAUCGAUACAAACUGGAGGGGGCGCCAGGGCCACCAUACAGAUGGACUCAUCACAGCUUCAUCGGUGGAUCAAGGAGAAGAAUGCAGACAGGUAUGACCAAGCCAUUGACACAUUCACCAGAUCAUGUGCUGGAUACUGUGUCGCCACGUUUGUGCUGGGCAUCACCGACCGGCAUCCAGGAAACAUCAUGGUGACGGAAGAAGGACAGGUAUUCCAUAUAGACUUUGGACAUUUCUUAAACCACAGAAAGAAAAAGUUUGGGAUCAACAGACAACGAGUUCCAUUUGUCCUGACUGAGGACUUCCUCCGAGUGAUAGCUAAGGGUGCGGACCAGCCUUCCAAACAAAAGGAAUAUGAACGCUUCCAGGAGAUGUGUGUAUCUGCCUUUGUUGUCUUACGAGACAAUAAACGUUUGUUGAUCACACUGUUCGCGCUGAUGUUGUCCUGUGGCAUCCCCGAGCUGCAAUCUCUGGACGACAUUGAGUACAUCAGGAAGGCUCUAUCUGUGGAGAACACUGAGAAGGAGGCUGUUGAAUAUUUCAUUGAACAGCUCCAGAAGGCUUAUGGAGGCCAGUGGACAACCAAAGUGGACUGGCUCUGUCAUAACGUCAAGGGCUUGUGGUGAUAACAUGUGUGUUAUUGGUGUUGAGUGCAAUCACCGUGAUAUGAAGUCUUAAUUGUCACUGCUGAGAUAGUCACGAUAUGGCUCAGAUAUUGUCCAUGUGACUAUAAAUUUUAACUCACUCACUCCAAAGACGUCCAUGUGUCUUGAGUACAAACUGUCACAAACUUUGAGUGAAACCACAAACAAGAAGUCAGCAUUAGCUAUCUAUCUUUUUUUAGUUUUUAUCUACUUAGGAGAUAAACAUCAUAUGUUGACUAAUUUCGGGGUGUUAUUGAGUAUUUGAAACACGGGAAUUCAAUUGGAACCGACGCCGUCAGCUGGAGGUUUCAAAUGAAACAUUCCCGUGCUUCAAAUACUCAAUAACACCCGGAAAUUGGCCAACACAUGAUGUUUAUCGACAUUGUAAACACAAAUGUAAACCAAAAGGU